UUCCAAUUAACAAUCAGCUGUUCCUUCCAUGUGGCAGCUGGAGUAAUAACAACAACAACAAAAACAACAUUAAAAAAUAAUUAUAAAUGCGUUAUCUUGCUUUUUGCCGAAAAUUCAACAAUUUAUUAAAUAAACCCAUUGCCAGUGUCCUGGCCAAACGCAACAUGGCCUGCAGCAGAUACGAAUACGUUAAAUCCUAUGAACAGGACGACAGCAUAUUGCCCAAUGUAUGGAUUGUAAUACGAAUUGAUGGCAAGAAAUUUCACAAAUUUUCCAAGAUUCAUGAUUUUGAGAAACCAAACGAUGAGAACGCUCUAAAUUUAAUGAAUGCUGCAGCUAUUGCAGUGAUGGAAGAAUUUCGUGAUAUUGUCCUGGCCUAUGGCCAGAGUGACGAAUACUCAUUUGUGUUUCGCAAGGAGACGCAGGCAUUUAAACGUCGAUCGGCCAAACUUUUAACCUAUGUCACCAGCUUAUUCUCCACCAACUAUGUGAUGCAAUGGCCCCAGUGGAUGAAGGAUAGAAAACUAAAUUAUGCUCCAUGUUUUGAUGGUCGUGUCGUCUUAUAUCCUUCCGAUGAGAAUCUAAGGGACUAUCUUAGCUGGCGGCAGGCCGAUGUACAUGUAAAUAAUCUAUAUAAUACAGCAUUUUGGAAAUUAGUAUUGGAUAAAGGGUUAAGCAAUCAACAGGCUGAGGAGCGUCUAAGAGGCACUUUUUCGGCAGAUAAAAAUGAAUUAUUAUUCCAAGAGUUUGGCAUAAACUAUAACAAUAUGCCAGCCAUGUACCGAAAGGGCACAAUACUGAUGAGAAAACGCCUGGAACUGCAACCAGGUGAUAAGACCAGGCAGGUCAUAGUGCCACUCCACGAUGAUUUGAUAUCAUCGAAAUUUUGGAAAACUCACACUGAAUUGCUUGGCAAAUAUACACCUGGAUCAUAUAAGACAACUGCCGAACUUCCGAGACUUUUGACCAAUCAAUUGGAGCAACAGUUUGAAAAUCAGGCUAUAAUAAGCUAAUCUAAGAAUAUUUUAUUAAAAAAAAAAAAUCAAAAAACUUGAAGCUAUACGUGUUGAUUCCCUAUUCCAUUGAGUGAUUCGGACAAAAAGUUGCGAAACUUAAUGGAAUUGAGAGCAACACCAUUGCACACACUUUCUAUA